AUGAUGUUGAUUUUGGCGUUGCUUUCCUUCUUAGAGCUAACCAUUGCAUCUUCAUCGCACGGAUACGCUCCAGUAGCCGUUCCAUGUCCAGGCGGUCAAUUAACUCGGUCAUCUCUCACUGGCCUCAACCCAGACGAAAAGAGAUAUGUGGACAAUAGAUACAACAACGUUGCUAAACCUAGUUUAAAGUCGUUCCUUUCGGGUACUAAUAUGACUGAUUUCGAUAUUGAUUCGUUUUUGGAUCAGGCUAAUCCAACUAUUGGUAUAACAUUCUCAGGUGGUGGAUACAGAGCACAGCUCAGUGGUGCUGGCCAGUAUGCAGCAUUAGACUCAAGGACCAACGUUGUCAAUGGCAAAGGCUUAGGUGGUAUCUUACAGUCAACCAGUUACAUCUCGGGACUUUCAGGUGGUGCAUGGCUAGUUGGCUCAUUGGUAAGUAAUGACUUGUUAUCUGUGGAUGAAUUGAUUGACCAAAAUACGCUUUGGCAGUUGCAAUAUUCGUUGUUGGCGAAUGGCGACUCUAUUCACAGUAAUUGGGAUUAUUGGACUCUGAUAAAUGACGAAGUGAAGGGAAAGAAGCAGGCUGGGUUUGAUGUAAGCAUCACCGACGUAUGGUCAAGAGCAUUGAGCUAUCAGCUACUUAGCAACUCAGAUUACAAUGGUGCUGGAUACAGAUUUAGUGACAUAGUCAACCAACCAAGUUACCAAAGCUACCAAGCACCUUACCCUAUCUUAGUUUCUGUUGGAAGAGAGCCUGGAACUGCGGUGAUCAAUUUCAACAGUACUGUGUUUUCCCUCACACCUUAUGAAGUUGGUAGUGAAGAUCCUACGUUGCAGGCGUUUGUCGAGACCAAGUAUCUUGGAACACAAUUAGAUAACGGCCAAGCCAACAACCGUUCUUGU